AUGCAAUCUCACGCUUGCUGUACAGUCCCGCCCGUCAUUAGCAAGGGCUAUGAUGCAAAGGGUACUUACACAACCAUUGAUGGUAUGAAGACCUACACCACUGGCCCCAGCGAUGCAAAGAAGGCCAUUCUCGUCAUUUACGACAUCUUUGGUUUCAAGGAUCAGACUCUCCAGGGUGCCGAUAUCCUUGCAACCAGUGACAAGGAGAACCAGUACCAAGUCUUCAUGCCCGACUUCUUCGAGGGCAAGCCUGUUGACAUCAACGACUACCCUCCUGACACUAAGGAGAAGGAGGAGCGUCUCGGAAAGUUCUUCCAGACCACCGGUGCACCACCCAAGACCGUCGGCCGCAUCCCCAAGGUCAUUGACGAGAUCAAGAGCCAGAACAAGAACAUUUCGUCCUUUGGCAUCGUUGGCUUCUGCUGGGGCGGUAAGAUCGUGAACUUGUCUUCACAAAAGGAUACCGUCUUCAAGGCUGCUGCUGCAUGCCACCCGGCCAUGGUCGACCCCAACGACGCCGCUGGCAUCAGCAUUCCCAUCGCCAUGCUGCCUAGCAAGGAUGAGGACAAGGAGGCUGUCGAGAAGUGGGAGCAGGGCGUCAAGACCAAGCACCUUGUCAAGUGGUACAACGACCAGGUUCACGGAUUCAUGGCUGCUCGUGCCGACCUUGAGGACGAGAACGUCAAGAAGAACUAUAUGGAUGCUUAUGGCGUCUUGCUGAACUUCUUCCACGAGCACAUGUAA